CAGUCAGGCAGCAAGUGGCAUGGCAACAACAGCAACAGUACCAGCGCUGUCCAACACCGCACGAUUUCUUCCCGAGAAAAUGGAAAUGGAAACGGUGUGCUGAUUGUGAUUAACUCCCUUUUUGUCGUCCAAAAGUGCCGUACGAGAAUGUUUUAAGCCGCCAACCAUUCCGAGACAAAAUCGUUAAUCUAUUUAGUUAUUAACUGCAUACGAGAAUAGCGCAAAAAGCACCAAAAUUCAUUAAAAUCCCGAACCUCAAGCCAACCAUUUUUUUGAAACCAGUGUGUCGUAGUGUCCACCGUAUUGUGGUGUUGGUGCGUGUGUGCUGCGUGUAUGUUCGUAUGUGCGUUUUUUAUGUGUGUGUGUGUGUGUGCGAAAUCGAGAAUAGAAAGAUGUGCGAGCUAUAGGCUAUAAGCUAUAGCUAUAGCUAUUUAACACACGCGAAUAUAAUCGAGCGAGUAGCACCCUAGGACCGAAACCGAGAAUUAUCAUAGAAGCAUCCCCGUUCAUCGUCAGGAAUUUCAAAUCCGCUAAAUCCAAGACCAACAAAAUGCAACCCUCACCGCUUCACUAUUCAACGAUGCGGCCGCAAGCGCCCGGAUCGCUGGUCGAUCCCAACGAGGAGGAGCUACUCCAGGCCCCCUGGUACUGGGGCCGCAUCUCCCGUGAGGAGGCCAAGGGCAUACUGCACGGCAAGCCCGAUGGCAGCUUCCUGGUGCGCGACGCCCUCUCCAAGAAGGGCGAAUACACCCUCACCCUGAUGAAGGACGGCAGCGAGAAGCUGAUCAAGAUCAGCCAUAUAGAUCGCAAGUACGGCUUCAUAGACACCAUGACCUUCAAUUCGGUGGUGAUGAUGAUCAACUACUACAAGGAGAACUCGCUGAGCAUGUACAACAAGGCGCUGGACAUAACGCUGAGUAAUCCGAUAGUGCGAACCUGCGAGUACGACGACUCCCAGCCGCACGGUGACCUCAAGCUGCUCAGCGACGAGUUCAUCCGUGUGUCCAAGAUGCUCCAGACCUUGGAACAGACGCUGGAGCAGAAGCGCAACUCGUUCAAUGCGAUACGCGAGGAGCUGCAGGAGAAGAAGAUGCACCAGACCGUCUUCAUCAAUGCCGAGAAGAUGAUACGGAAUCAGAUCAAGCUUAACGAAUCCUUCAUGAAAACGGCCAACGACUCCAAGUCGGCGGAGGCCGGCGGCGACAAUGUCCAGGGUGUUCAGGCUCGGUCCAGUCUCUUGGAGAAUCAGCAUCGACUGCUCCAGAUACUGGAGAUCAUUGAGAACAAGCUGCAGGCCCUCAACAUCUACAUGGAGGGCAAGAAGAAGGAUGAACUGUUGCUGGAACGCCAGAUCAAUGCCACCAAGCCGGAGCUUCAGGCUUUGCAGUUUCGGAAGGACAAAUUCAUUGAACGUCUGAAGAACCACAAUCUGAAGGAGGACGACCUGAAGACGAUCCUGGAGAUGGGCUUUGUCAAGUGGCUGCGACACCAUGAAACGGCUUCCAAUCAGCCGCACAGCAACGAGGCGUUGUGGCUACUCAAGGAUGCCAAGCGGCGGGAUGCCGAAGAGCGGCUUAAGGACGCACCGCCCGGCACUUUCCUCAUCCGGGUAAGGGACGCCGGCAACUAUGCCCUGUCCAUUGCCUGCACGGUGAAGGAUACCAAUACGGUGCAGCAUUGCAUCAUUUAUGAGACAGCCACUGGAUAUGGAUUCGCUGCUCCGUACAACAUCUAUCCAACGCUGAAGAAGUUGGUGGAGCACUAUGCCAACAACUCACUGGAGGAGCACAACGACACGCUGACCACGACGCUGCGCUGGCCGGUGCUGUUCUGGGAGCAAAACUCCCAGCACAUUCUGGCCCAGCUGCAGGAGGAGGCGGAGCUGGAGCGAGAGCAGGCGGCCAGCCUGAUGCCGCCGCACUUGGGGAUGAUGGGCAGCAGCAGUGCUCCGAUACCGACGAGUCGGUCCAGGACGACGAGUCACGACCAGGUGGAUGGUAUGGCGGGUAGCCAGGAAACUGAUACACCGCCCGCCUCCAUUUCGCCCUCGAACUUUAGCACUUCGCAGUAGGAUGCCCCCGCCCCCCCCCCAAUCUCCCCCAGGCCCUCCACCUCAGGCUAGCUAUCUUAUCUCUCUAACUCUUGCUCCCCCCCCCCCUAACUCUCUAUAUACAUAUAUCUCUCGAUAUCUGUACCAGCGAAUGCGGUCCAAAUGGUAGUUUAGACUGUAAACUAUAAAGCUAUCUCUGAUGAUCGAAGAACUAUCAUUCUUGAAAAUCUAAUCAGUUUCUGAUCAAAAUUAAGACAUAUUACCCAUCAUAGCCAGUGUUUUUCAAAAAAAUUUUCUUUUGAAAAAGAUAUCGUAAACCUUAAAUGCAAUAUCCGGUUUUGCAGUUUCUAUUAUUUAGACCGCAAUCGCAGUAUGUGGAUCAUAAAAUUAUUGAAAACUAUUUUGUGUGUGAUGAUAUGGAUGGCGCUGGCAGUUGAACUGUCCAAAAGUAACAGCGCCCUUCCCCUCAGAAUCAGAAGGCUCCGGAAACCGGAAACUAGAAAACCGGAAACCGGAUAUGGAAAAAUGAAAUAUAACGAGUAACAUGUUUUUUUGGGUGAUCAAUGUUAAAUGAUGAUGGCGGCUUGCUAGAAGCCACCUUGUCGAUGAAACGAAACAAUUUUUUCUAAUUGAGAAAGAAAUCUUAUUAAUUAAUUACGAUUAAUUUUUUAUAUUCAUACACAUACACAUACACGUAUAUAUGUAUAUACAUAUAUCUGUGUAUAUUAUAUACUUUGUAAUAAUGCAUUUCGCGUGAUAAUUGAUAAGUCAAGCUAUCUAUCUGUUGUUGUACCAACUCCACACCUGCUCCAACUCCACUUUCCCCCAAAAGCCCCACAUCCCACAUCCCUUGCAAUUAUUGUUAUCACGCUGCGCGUUGUCAUAAGGGAGGUGGGUUGGUGAGUGGGUGGUAAAGUGGGUGGCUAACAAAGGAGCAGGAGUGUGACUGGAAAUCGUGAAGAAAUUUUCUGCAUUUCUUCAACACAAUUUUGUCGUGUUCAUGUAAAUAUUCUAAAAAGAAAGAAAGAAAAAAAUAAUCGAAACAAAGGAGCAACCGCAUACGUUUUUGCGAAAUCAGGUUAAGGUUUUGAUAACCGCCCCACA